AUGUCGUCGACGCGUCCGAACCCGUAUAUUCAGAUCUACCAAGAUCCGAUGCCGCUCCCUUCCAACAUAUCCCCGACACAGAAACCACGACCACAUCUCCAACCAUCCGCCAUGCCUCUGCAGCCGAUGAGAAAUCCACCUGGGCAUCCAGAAGUCAUCCUUACCGCUCCCAUGAUGUCUCCUCACCACCAGAUGUCGCCUUUGAAGAGCCAUCCCAUGUCACCACAGAGACAAAACUAUGCAGCACUCAAUUACAUCCCAAUACCUCCUCCACCCACGGCUGCAAACAUGUACACAGAUUCACCACCGAAGAGACAUCACAUGGCGACGAAUCAACACUUUCGCCCAGUACAAAUGAUGCAGCAACCCAUGUUCACCACCUUCAACAGCAAUUUCGACACGUUCGAACAAGAAAAUUAUCCACCACCAACGAUGCACGACCAUUUUGUCGACUUUCCAGAACCCUCAUACAUGCGCAAAAUGCCGCUGAAGAGAUCAUAUUCAGAUGCACCAACGGUAAAUGAGCCGCCGUACAAAAAGGCUCGUCAAGAGGAGGAGAUCAUCACACAGCUUCCCGAACCUGAAGAUAUGCCUGCCAUUGAGGAUGAUGGGAACAAGCCUGCCUAUAGUUAUGCCCAGAUGAUUGGCAUGGCUAUCCUUCGAGCACCGAACCGACGACUGACGCUGGCACAAAUUUACGAAUGGAUUUCGAACACGUUUAAAUAUUAUCGUGAAGAUACCAAGCAAAGUUGGCAUAAUAGUAUCCGACAUAACCUGUCGCUCCACAAGGCUUUCACAAAGCAGGAGAGACCAAAGGGCGAUGCCGGCAAGGGAAGCUACUGGGUUAUUGAGCCCGGCAUGGAAGGUCAAUUCAUCAAGGACAAGAAUCGACGGGGAAACAACAUGUCACACAUGACCAUAAACACCAACAUUAUGCGCCCAGAACCUGAGAAACUUGCCGCGCCGCUCUCUGCUGCUUUGGUGCCCAAUCCUUUCAUUAUUCAGUCAACCGAGCCGCCACGACCACAUACAGCCCCUGCAUUACCUGAACUGUCAUCUGAUGCUACGCUGCCUGCAUCAGACCCGGCUUUGAAUGAGCCAGAGACGGCAGACUUCGAGACACAUGCGCUUCCGGCAGGACCAAAAUCGUCUCCGCCUGACGCGAUCAACUCAUCACCUCCCGUUGGCGUUUCCAACCAUCGUCGGAACAUAUCUUCACCUACCACGCGCAUCAAACGUCCUGCUUCGGUACAUCGACAAAAACGAUCUUUGUCGAAGAUGGACGACAGUGGCUACUUCUCUUCCAUCGAGUCAUCUGCACUGCGGCCGAACAAGAAUAAUAUAGUGCUCACGUCUGAGCUGGACAUUGAACCGUUGAGAAAGAAGCAGGGCCGCGCUGAAGAAGAGAUUGCUCGAAUUCGCAGCUCUUCUCACGAUCUUACACCUAGCAAUGUUAGAUUCAGCAAUCACGCUACCGAGAUGGCUCAUUCAUCAUCGCCUGUCAGAGUCAGUCCUGGCCACAGACUGAACCCUGUUACUCCAUCGGUUAUAUUCAAGAAGCCAGCACGACCUCCUCCCUCAGUAUCUCCAAACACCCAACUGCACCUCCAUCGCAAGGCUAUGAACGACUUUGUGAACUCCCCAAUGAAGAGCUUUGGUCAAUUCGACUUUGACACAUAUAGUCCAUUGAAAUGGUCAAGUUUGUCGUCAUUUGGGACAAUGGAGGAAUCUUUCGAGAUUUUCUCUGAUCCGGCGAUUGGUAUGACGCCGUUCACGCCUGGUUUUGCCUCAUCGCCUAUGAGAGGUUCUGUUUCUCGUCCAACAUUGGCACGAGCAUCCACGACCAAUGUUCUCUCAGAGAUGGCUGGAACCUCCUACAAACUCAACGCAAAGACACCCACUCGAGGUAGUCUAUUGAAACCUGGUGUACGCGCCAGUCUAUCAGGAUCUCCGCUUAAGAGCUCGAGGGAGCCUGUUACCAUUCUUGAUGAACAUGAUCUAUUCGAUUUUGGUUCCUUCGAAAAUGAUCCUGCUGAUGACGACGACGGUGUCGACAUCUUGAAAGGAUUUGAAAGGAUUGGUGGACCUUCUGUUCAGAUGUCUGCUGAUCAUACAUCCACCCUCCGCACGCAAUGUCGAAUCGCUCAACCUCGAAGACGAGAUUUCUCAUCGGGGCUCCCACGCUGCGCCAAAGGCGAAGACAUCACCGCAGGCUUCCCCAUGCCUGAAAUCGGCUCGCAUAAAAUCCAAAACCUAGAAGAUGAGCCUGAGAAGAAGAAACCUUCUGCGUCUCCCUCCACCCCCGGUGCCCCAGUCACCCGCACAAAGCGCAAUGAGACCGAGAAGAUCUCGUCGAACCGCACCACGGCCACAGGACCUCCCUCCAGCGGCCCCAAAAAGCAGUCCCAUUCCAGGGCCGUUGACCCUCCCCGACUCCGAGCCACCGAACAAGAAACAACCACACCAUCAUCUGAGCAAUCGAAGCCACUAGUCCCUCCAAACGUGCUCGCCGCAUACCGCACUCCCCUCCGCCACGCGCCGACCCACGGCGUCCCCGUCGCCCAGCUCCAGUUACGCAGCUACAGCGUCCGCAAUCUCGAGUUCUACGCGGACUUUUGCGUUCGCGCGGCGUACUACCUGGGUCUACCCGCCACAGGGCCCGCGCCAUUGCCCAAACGCACGGAACGCUGGACCGUCUUGAAAAGCAAUUUCGUGAACAAAAAGGCGCAGGAGAAUUUUGAAAGAAUUACAAUGAAGCGCCUUAUUACGAUCUAUGACGGGGAACCGGGUGUUGUGGAAGUCUGGCUUGCGUUCUUGAGAAAGUGGCAGUUCUAUGGGGUGGGCAUGAAGGCCAAUCUUUGGCAGUGGGAGGAACUUGAUGUAGCAGGCAAGAUGGAUCGAGACUUCAGUUCUCUUGAGAAAGACCUGGACGACAAAUUGCGUCUCUUCGGUUUUAACAAGUCUGCGAAGGACAAGACGGAUCUGUUGCGUCUCAUGGAAAGGCAGAAGCAUAGACAGGUUGGUGUUGGUAUGAGUGAGAUAAGAGAGCAGUCUAGGACGACGGAUGAUCCUUGGUGA